AUCGUAUCUUUCAUUUGUACAUAGUGCUUGUGGUUGUGUGCCGCAGGUGACCGCCGAUGGUCAAACGUCAUAUAACACUCCAUCGUGCUCGCCGGAAAGAUCUGCAGCGCUGUUUAACGGCAUCAGUCCAAUACCUCAUUGAACGGAUAGCGCUGGACAACUCUUGACGGAAAUGGCGCCUUCUCAGCGAAGUGUGUUGGCCUUGCUUGGCCUUGUUGCCAGCAUUCACGCGAUUCCAGCUCCUUUGCCAAACCCGGAAGUACCGGCACCUCGACAGAUCACGCUUAGCCCGCCCAGGUACUCUAUCAGCUGGGAUGGCCCGCUUCCUCCCGCACCUACGGAAACUCCUAAGAAGUCCACUCCAGUACCUCAGCCCCCGAAGCCAAGUGAUCAAAUCAGUCUCGGCCCGCCAUCGUACUCUAUUAGCUGGGACCCUCCGCUUGAAACACCUACGGAGACUCCGGAGCCUGAACCCACGCCCGACCCAGAAGAUCCACCAAUGCCACCGAAACCAAGCGAUCAGAUCAGUUUGAAUCCCCCUUCGUUUACCAUCAGCUGGGAUCCUCCGCUCCCGACAGAGACUCCCGAGGACCCUGAGCCGGAACCCACUCCGGAACCAGAAGACCCACCGACGCCACAACCUAGUGACCAAAUUAGCCUCGGUAAGCCGUCGUACUCUAUGACCUGGGAUGCUCCUGUCCCGAGAUCUACGGAUGAUGGAGAAGACCCAGCCCCUCAGCCCGGCCAACCAAGCGAUCAAAUCAGCCUCGGUCCGCCUUCAUAUUCCAUUUCUUGGGAUGGAGCCGCUCCCACCCCCAAGCCUACCAAGAAGCCCUUCCCUUGGUGGCCGCAGCCAAAGCCAAAGUCGUCCUCAACUAGGCGUGUAAGGGCCAGUGUUACAUGGAACAAGCGGCAAGAAGAUGAGCCCGAACCAACUGAUCUUCCCGAAGAUCCAGUGUUUCCCGAGGACCCUGAGUUCCCGGAAGAUCCUGAGUUCCCAGAGGACCCAGAGACCCCCGGCGGCCCGAUUAUCAUUCCACCCUUCCCAAUGCCCACUAUGCCUAACAGCAUCGGUAUUCAGCCACCUAAGGUGUCCUUUGGCUGGGGAAGGCGUGAAGCCGUCCCACCGCCAACCUAUGGACUCGGAAAGCCUACCGCGUCUCUCAAGUGGCCGAAGCCCCCGAAGCACACAUCCGCAUGGAUCUCCUGGGGUAAGCGCCAGGACGAAGAGGAGCCUACAGACUUCGAUCCCGGUUUCCCCGAACCCACGGAUGAGAUCAGCAUGAACCCACCACAGGCUACCAUUUCGUGGGGAAAACGACAAGACGAAGAAGAGCCCACAGAUUUUGACCCCGGAUUUCCUGAACCCACGGAUGAGAUCAGCAUGAACCCACCGCAGGCUUCCAUCUCCUGGGCUACAUACUAGAUACAUUCGCUGGACCGAAAUUCGCUUUUCCUUGCAAGAAUCAAAACGCCCGUAUGCUCCACUCGCUCACUUGGUUGUCAUCCAAGCAUGUGACAUUCUCAACCAUUGGGAAAAGAAGUCCACCGGAUUAACCUCGCUGGACACUCAAAGUUGCAAUAAAGUUCUCACUCCCUCGUAUCAUCACCCUAAAAAUAGCAUUCUCGAAAAUUCUUUAACCGGGAACAAAACCCGCAUCGCAUAUGU